CUCAAGGCUAAAAAUUAAGCAUGGGUCAGAAGAGAAGAGAGAAGGAAAGAUAGUGAACGGAUACCUCAAGAUAAUGAGCCUCGGUAAACUAUUUGGAAACAAGCAGACGGAUCGUGUUUAAGGAAAGGAGAGGAAGAUGAUAUAGAGUGGAUUGCAGUCAACAAAUCCGUUCUGUUUGGGGCUUUUGUGUGGCCCCAGCUCCGCUGCAUCUCCCUUCUGAGAUGGAAGCUGAGGCAGCAGCGCCUCCAACCCCCAGCAGCGCUCCCUUGUGGCGGCUUGAGGAACGGCGGGCCAGGAAGCCAGCUUCGGCCAACAUCUUCGGCGGGGUGGCGCUUUGGCAACUCCAGAAACUUUUCCAAGCAGCGGGCGACCAGGACGCGGAGCAGAGGGCCCAGCUGGUCUGGGGUCAGGGGGGUGAGGCGGAGCUGGCCCAGGCCCUGAUAGGGCUGAGGGCCCGGGGCCGUCGUCGAGGGCUGAAGACCCACCGCAGAGAUGGGCAGAUGGGUUCCCGCUGGCUGAGGGCCUUCCAUCACAUGAGGAUUCGCGAGGCUUCCCCGAACAGUCGUGGCGUCGGUUCAAACGAAGACAGCAGCAGCAGCAGCAUCAACAACCACAACGAUGACGACGAGGACGAGGACGAGGACGAGGCGGAGGAUUCAGAUAAAGAAACACUCUGUCCUGUAGAACCGUGCACACAGACCCAGGCGAAAGAUGUCUCUGGGGCCACCGUUUCUCUGCCCCACAGCCAGGGUUCAAUCGACCCUCCUGACGAGCUGCGCCGGGCCGGCCCCGGGCUACGGCGGGGCUCUGACAGCCGCCCAGAACGAUACCUCCAUCACAUUAUUCACUAACUCCACCCCAAGCCGGGCUGUCGUCUCUAGCCCUCUCUGUGUGGCUGAAUGUCUUCCUGAGGAGAUGAGACCAGUAGACGAUCUUCUCUCAAUACUUGAACUGCCAUGUUUGGACUUGGUGAUGCUGCUCUGUGUGUGUGUGUGUGUGUGUGUGUGUGUGUGUGUGUGUGUGUGUGUGUGUGUGUGUGUGUGUGUGUGUGUGUGUGUGUGUGUGUGUGCGCGUUUGAACGUGAACCAGGGUGAAACUAUUUGUAUAUCUACCCCCACUACUGAACUGAAACUGAAACAAACCUUCAGUGGUUUUAGGCAAGGAAGUGUAUUUCAUAACUGCAGGGCGUUGCAGUUCCCAGAUGAAAAAGUGCAUUAUGUAAACGGGAAAUCGACUCUUAGCUCAUCAAGGGUGUAGCAAUGCUUUGGACAAUGACUGCCUCUCUCAAUGGAUGCCUUAUGACGCAAAUAUAGAACACGAAUGCACCAGUAAAUGGAAGUUCCAGGUUCAGAAUUAGUUUCAUGGCGAAUAUAAAUAGCAAAACUUUAUCUGUCCCCCUACUCGGCCUGAAUUACAACAACCUUUCCGACCCAUGUGAUGCAGGACAAUGGGUCGUGGUGAAUCCAAACUCAAACCAAAGACACUAAAGAGUGGUCUCUUCAAUGCUCAUCCCAAAGAAAAUGACUGAUGAUAUGUAUGAGUUGUGAUUUGUGCAUACUUGUAAGUUAAAUGUCAAAGGGUUGUGUGUUAACCAUUCAACAAGUUUAUUAGUUGAAUCAUGAGUUUCCUUCACAACUGUAUACACGUAAUAACUUUUGGAUAUUUGUAACAGUUUAUACAGGUGGGUAAAUGUUCAUUUUAGCAUAAUGUGUCCACAGCAAGUGUGUUACGAUGUGGAACAUAUGUUUAAGAAAUGUUUUUACACUAAGGGAUACAAAAUUAUUUAAAAGCACAACAUGCUUUAAUAUUCUC